AUGAAGCAUCUGUCCUGUUCAUGUCUGUUGUGGCUUGGACUCCUAAAGGCUACUUUCUCCCAGGGGCAAGAGGACAGCAAACUCAGGAAGCUGUGCGGCAGUGACCUGAUGAUAGAAAUUAUGAAACUCUGUGGCCGAUCUUCUCAGAGCCAGAUCGAGUUGAAUGAGAAAACUACUUUGACACAGCCCUCACACCAGGUCAAAAUCGUCAGCCUUGACCAAAUCCCUUCUUCGACCCCGGGAAGAUUCACAAACCCACGCCCUGCAUCUGCCUCAAGAAAAACUUGGGGACCCCAGCCACUGCCGGACCAUCAGUUUGAAAAGGCCAGCUUGCUUGCUGAGAAAUCAAGAGAGUUUUCAUCCCUCGAUGUCAAUCCCUAUGUUGAGAAUGUAAAACUUCAGAAGAAAAGCACAAACGAAAUCAACACCUUCAGCAGUUUAUUUUGGGGGAAACAUGCCCAAAGGAAACACAGAGGUUUCUCAGAUAAAUGCUGUCUUAUGGGGUGCACAAACGAAGAGCUGGCCUUUGCCUGUCUCCCGUAUGCUGAUUUUUAA